GGGUCUCAGAGCAUCCAGAGGCCUGGUGUCAGGAGCAGGGCCUCAGAUGGGCAGAGGGGAGGGCCCAGGCCCUUUGAGGAGACAGGGCCCAUCCCAUGACAGAUAGAAGAACUCUGUCCCUGCUGCAGCCCUGGGGGCCCCUGGUUACAGAGGUGGUGUCCAGUGAAAUAUGUUUGAACCUUUGGAGAGAUCUUGGGACCUGGGUCCGAGGGGAAAGGGCUCGGGUCGGCUCGGGGCCCCAGCACAGACUGUCUGGGGAGUCCGGAUAGCAACCAAGGGAAGCCUGAGGGACCAGGCACCCCAGAACAGAGGCCUGCUUCCCCACAGAUGUCAACCCCGAGCAGCAACCUAGGGAAGCUCCCCAUCUUAGGCAGAGGGCACUUGGGCUGCCUUGACCUCCACAUCUAGGGCUCAGAGAGACAGGGGUACUGGUGGAAAGAGCAGGGGAGGGCCGGGGUUCUCCUGGAGUCAAGAAGAGGACAAGAAGGAGGACUGAGGGACCCUGGACCCAGCAGGGAGUCAGUCCCAGGAGGCUCCUGGGUGGGAGCACAAUGAGACGGGGCAGGUGCUGACUUCUGCUCCAGGUCGUGAGACAGAGAGCUUGUCGUAAGGAGGGCUCUCGGGCAGCAGAGCCGAAGGCACAGGCCAUCCAGGGAGUCCAGAUGGGGUACAGAGGGACCCCAAGGAACCCGUGUGAGCCUCUGCCAUCAGCCCGGGGACUCCCCAGACUUGGUAGCCUGUUGUGACGUCCAGUCUUUGCCCGCGGUUCUCAGGGCAGUGAGGGCUUUGGUCUGAGGGAACAGGCCUGGAGAUGGCAAAGAGAGGACCGGAUGUGCUGCGGUCAAGUGGAGAUCCCCGAGGGAGGACUCAGGGAGGCGCCCAGACUCCACAAGAGGGACAGCGCCCUGAAAGCUGGCCCUGCUGUCGGCCCCGGGAGGUCUGUGUGUGCCCUGUCCACGGGCAGCGUGUCAAGACUGCCUGACCAAGGCUCGGGCCCUGGUUUAAAAACUGAGGGUCAGGAGCGAGUGGGACUGGAUGGAAGGCUCCAGAGGUACGACCUGGGAGACCCUGGAUAGAGGGGCUGGUCCUGGGAGAGUCAGGCCCGGGGGGGCCCUGAGCAGAAGGAGGACAAGCAGAGUGUGCGGGCUUCCGCCUCCGGGACCCACAGAGGCUGGGGCUGGGGGUAAGAGGCAGGUCCUUGGGUUUGGCAGCAGGGAGGGCCCAGAUCCUGCCAGAGUCAAGGUGAGGACCCUCGGAGAACUGAGGGGACUCUGGUCCCCAGGACAGAGUCAUCAAUGGGAGGCCCUUGAGCAGCUGGCCACCUAAGGCGCACCCCGAAUUUGGCCUUGGAUCUCAGCAAUGCAUGGGGCAGUCAGAGGAAAACGGACUCAGGACAGCUGAGGGCAGGGCCCCCGGUCUGGUUGGCGUCCGGGAGGGAUGCAGAGUGAGAGUUGAGGACCUUAGAGCCUAAAACAGACAGUGAUUUGAUUGCCCUUCGGCACCUUCUUGGCCAUCCCCCUGGAAGAGGGGAGCAGCCGACCUGUUUCCUGACUUAUGCACCCAGGGUCCCAGGAGGUGCCAGCCUUGGUCCUAUAGUGUGGCCUCAGGUCAGGAGAGGGUGGAGUCUCACGAUCCUGAGGGAGGACUAAGCAGACCCCCACCCAGACGUAGGGGACCCAGCGAAAACCUGCCCCUGGGGUCAGCCCUGCAAGGCCAGGCCAGGGGUCAAGAAAAGUGAACACCCUGCUUUCUGCACUGGGUCCCAGGGUGUUCGGGGCCUUGGCCUGCGGGUGGGAUGCACACUCAGGUGAGAAGGGAUAGUUCCAGGUCCUGCCGAAAAUACACAUGAGCACCCUGAGGACAGAGUGGACUCCUAGCCCAGGACAGAGGGGCCAGCCAGCGCUCCCAGCUCUCUGUGAACUGGGUGGAAUGUAGGUGGAGGGCAAGGACUGCUGCCACCUCCCCCUCCUCUCCCAGUUCUCAGGGAGAUGAGGACCCCGCUGGGAGAGGUCCCAGUCAGGGCUUGGGAGCAAGCCCACCCGGGGGAUAGAUACCCAGGAGUCCUGGGGCCUGCCAAGAGUCAGUACGGGGACCCCCAACCCCCCGCCCCCACAUUGAAGGGGUGAGUGGCCCCCAAGACAGCCCUCAGGCCCAGGAGGGGAUGGCCCAGAAAUAUGGGUGCCCCUCCCUGGCAGCCCUGGGAAGGGAUGGGGUGGUGGGGCCUGUCCCAUGGAGCCCUUCCUCCUCUCCAGAUCCCUGGGCUCAGGGAGGGGAGGGCCUGGGCCUGAGGGUCUGGACUCAGAUCAGCAGAGGAGGCGGGUGCCCUGCCCUGGCCCCGGUCCCAGCCCUGGCGGGGCUCGAGGGCCUCCAAGAACUGGCAGCAGAGCCCUCGGUCUGAGGUGGGAGCGCUAAGGUCGCAGAGCACAGGAGCACAGCGUGUGGGCCGGUGCCACUGGUCCAGGAAAUUCCAGGAGUCUGAGAGCAGAGAGCCAGGAACUGUGCACCGAGGGCAAAUCUCUAUUGCUUAUAAAUCAGUAUCCGAGGUGCCUUCUCAAGCUUGUUGGAGCUCUCGGGGAGGUGAGGACAAGCUCUGAGAGGACAGCAAGCAGGUUAUCUGAGGAAGCCCAUCAGUGCGGCAGACAAGAGUCUCAGGAGAGGACCCGGAGAGAAGAGCCCUUGGAUCCCUUUGCCCCCACCUGCUCAUAACCCUUCUGCUGCAGACACAAGUCAUCAUGACUCUGGGGGAGAGGAAUGAGCUCCCGAAGCAUGAGGAAGAUCAUCAAGACCCAAGAGAGGUCCAGCGCCCGGUAGAUGCACAGCUGUCGGAGGCUGAGGAGGAGGAAGAGGGCCUGUCUCCCCCCUCCUCCACUUACUCCCCUUUGUUUUCGGGUUCCUCCCCCUCCUCCUCCUCUUCCUCUUCCUAUUUCGCCCUGUACCCUGGCACCCCAGAGGAGGGGUCUGCUGCUGGGUCCCCAAGUCCCCCCCAGAGUCCUCUGAGGGCCUGCCCCUCCCCCAGUGCCCUGGCAGGCCCUCCCUGGAGCCAGUCUGAAGACAGCUUCAGCACUUCAGAUGAGGAGCGGUGGGGCACCGGGGUGGAGCGGGAAGUCGCCCCGCCCGUGGCCCAGGAGGGGUUCCAUGUGAAGGCGGUUGACCUGGUAGCGUUUCUGCUCCACAAGUAUCGCGCCAAGCAGCCUACCAGCAAGGCAGAGAUGCUGGAGGUCAUCACCCCAGAAUACCAGGACGACUUCCCAGUGAUCUGGGGCCAAGCAUCCGAGUGCAUGCAGCUGGUCUUUGGCCUAGACUUGAUUGAAGUGGAUCCCAUCGCACACUCCUACGUCCUGGUCACCGUCUUGGGCCUCAGCUAUGAUGGGAUGCUGAGCGGUGAGCAGGGCCUGCCCAAGACCGGCCUCCUGGUGCUGCUCCUGGGGGUGAUCCUCCUGGAGGGCGACUGUGUCCCAGAGGAGAAGGUGUGGGAGGCGGUGGGGGUCAUAGGAGUGUUUGCCGGCAAGCAGCACCUCAUCUAUGGGGAGCCUGGGGACCUCCUCACCCACGUCUGGGUGCAGGAAGGCUAUGUGGAGUACCGGCAGGUGGCGGGCAGCGACCCUACCCGCUACGAGUUCCUGUGGGGCCCCAGGGCCUACGAGGAAACCAGCAAGCUGCGGGUCAUGGAAUAUUUGCUGCACAUCAAUAGCAGGCAGCCGGCGUACUCCCCGGCCCAGUCUAAGGAGGAGAGGAGGAGUGAUGAGGAAGAGGGGGCCUGAGCCCUAGGAGCGGCUAGGCCCUUCCAGCCUCGGGUGGGGUCGGUGGUUUGUCCCCUAGUCUGAGCCCAAAGGGAGGCAUCCCUUCUGCCACUGCUGGUGCGUGUGUGUGUUGGAUGAGACUCAGCUCUGGGCUUCCUAAGGAGGCGGGGAGGGUUGGAGGAAGGAAGCAGGGCAAAGAGCCCCUCUGGGGGCCUGUUCUCUACCGUGAUCCCGAGAUCCAGAGCUGGUUACCAUGAGGAGGCUCUCACACAUUGCUCAGAUUCGAGGGUUUCGUAGGCUUCAGAGGUUAUGUGUGCGAGGGACAUCCCCCAUGAAGCCUCUGUACUUCCCCAGUUCAACAGUUAAACAGUUUUGUCCUGUCCUGGAAACCAGCUGGCCGACCCCGCCUGCCUCCGUGUUUGGGCUCUGGACCCACAUCCCAAGGCAUCGGCGGAGGAAUUGGUUGGAAAUGCGAAAGCACGUCGUCAAGUGAUGGGGUCAGGACAUAGAGAAAAAAAGUAAAAGGUUGUUUGUUCUUCA